GCCCAUCGACGUUGCUGUUGUUCACACCCUCAAGACCCUACAGGCAAGCUCGUCUUGACUCGCGCUUUCUUGGCGCGACACUCGGACGAGCGUAGGUACUUACCGAUAUUUUCUCCAACCCUAGUCUUAUUUCAAGUCCACUCGUUGAGUUACUCGUCAUGGUUCGCGUGUCUGUCUUGAACGACUGCCUUAACAACAUUGUCAAUGGUGAGCGCCGCGGCAAGCGUCAGGUUCUUAUCCGGCCUUCGUCUAAGGUCAUCGUCAAGUUCCUAAGUGUCAUGCAGCGCCAUGGCUAUAUCGGCGAGUUCGAGAUCGUCGACGACCACCGCGCGGGCAAGAUCAUCGUCCAGCUCAAUGGCCGCCUAAACAAGACUGGUGUCAUCUCUCCUCGUUACAACGUUCAGGUUGACCAAAUUGAGAACUGGGUUAACUUGCUUCUCCCUGCUCGUUCGUUCGGUAUACUCAUCCUUACGACCUCAUCCGGUAUCCUGGAUCACGAGGAGGCCCGUCGGAAGCAUGUUGGUGGCAAAAUUUUAGGCUACGUUUACUAGUCGUUUGUCUAAAUAUGAGACUGGUUUCGCAAUAUGAACGGCUUGAGAUGUUCAUCCCUAAAUCCGCUACCCUGCGCUAUCAGUGCUGUCGAUGCUACUGUGUAAAUUUCU